CUCAGCUCAGCUGCCCUCAUUUUUACCAUUGCUUAUUAUUUGCAUUUUUUGGGAAGACAAAUAGAUCUUCCGCCAUGGAUGCAUUUCUUCUUCUCAAUCCACUUCUGUGUUUUCUCACCGCCGCAUCACUCUCGGCGUGGUUCGUCCUCAAACGGCGUCGUACAAACCAGCAGCAGGGGGUGCAGCCUCCAUCGCCGCCGAGGCUGCCAAUCUUGGGGAACCUUCACCAGAUAAGCCCGCUGGCCCACCGCUCAUUCCACGCUUUGGGCGCCAAGUACGGUCCCAUCAUGCUGCUGCACUUCGGCAGCCGGCCAAUGAUAAUCGUCCAGUCAUCUGCCGGGGCAGCCGAGAUCUUGAAAACCCACGAUCUCGUAUUCGGUGACAGGACCGUAUCGAGGAGGACUAUGAAGAAAUUAGCGUACAAUCAGAAGGACAUAGCCUUAUCCCCUUAUGGUGAACACUGGCGGAAAUUGAAGAGCAUUUGUGUUCUUCAGAUGCUGAGCAACAAACGGGUGCAAUCUUUCCAUUUCAUCAGAGAGGAGGAAACUUCUCUUUUGGUUGAGAAGAUCAAAGCUUGCUGCAACUCGCCUGUCAAUUUGAGUGAGCUGUUUACGUUGUUUACUAACGACGUAGCCUGUAGAGCGUCCUGCAGAAAGAAGUACAGUGAAGGGGAAGAUGGAAGGAGGAUUCUAAGGCUGCUAAGAGAAGUUUCGCAGCUGUUGGGGAGAUUUAAUAUCGGGGACUUUAUUCCUUGGCUGGGGUGGAUUGAUCGUAUGACAGGAUUCAACAGGAGAGUUGACAGGGUUGCUAAGGAAGUGGAUGAGUUCUUGGAGAUGGUAAUUCAAGACCACCUGAAUUCAAGAGGAUUGGAAAUUGGUGAGUCUGGACAUGGAAAUCAUGAAGACAGCUUUGUCGGAAUUUUGCUCAACAGUUACGGGGAUGGCAACAUCGACAGAGACGGUAUAAAGGCCAUUAUCCUGGAUAUGAUUGUUGGGGGCACUGAGACUGUAGCCGCAGCCCUGGAAUGGACGAUGACAGAGCUCUUCAAACACCCGAAUGUGAUGGACAAGCUGAAAUGUGAAGUUAGAGCAAUCCUGAAAGACAAGGACAACACCACAAGUAUAACCAACAAUGAAUUGGAACAAAUGCAGUACCUGAGAGCAGUGGUGAAGGAAAUCAUGCGCAUGCAUCCUCCCAAUCCAUUUACGGGUAGAGUAGCACGGCAAGAUGUCAAGGUUAUGGGAUACGACAUUCCUGCGGGGGCCAUGGCUCUAGUCAGUGCUUGGGCAAUCGGUAGAGAUCCUGCAAAUUGGGAUGAACCCGACGCAUUUAAGCCUGAGAGAUUUUUAGGCAGUUCAAUAGACUUCAAGGGUGCAGAUUUCGAGCUGAUUCCAUUUGGGGCAGGAAGAAGAGGCUGCCCAGGAAUUGGAUUUGCCAUGGCAAGCAUCAGAUUUUUGUUAGCUAAUCUUAUCUACAAGUUUGAUUGGGAAUUACCUUUGAGAACAAAGUGGGAGGACUUAGACGCCACCGAACAACCCGGUGGCGUUACUGCCAGGAAGAAUCCUCUUUUUGCUGUUCCAAAGGUAGCUCAGUUCUAGAAAGAUUGAGAGAUCUUAUCUUUGAAAGCAAUCAUUUUUAUUUCAUAUAAACAGAUUUCAUAUUAAUUGUUGAGAGUUAAUAAAUUUGCAAUUUCAAAAGAAGAAGAUUA